AUGUAUGAUUGGUAUGCACUCGACAUUUCCAAGUUCGUUAGUAUGUCCCUAAACUACCAUCAGUUCUCCGCUCGUUGGCAGAAGAUCACAAGGGAGAUCAAAAACGAGACGAAUUGGGCCGGUGCCCGCGACCUAACUACCUUCGUAUUUAUAUCAGUUGCUCUUGGAGUUGUGUUCUCAGGUAUCCUUCCCUUUAUCGCUUAUGGAUUCGGGCUACAACUUCGUCCUAUCAUCAACCUUCCGUAUCGUGUUCCAUUGGAUUAG